UUUAUUGUUUUUUUUUUUCUUGUUCUCUUGCGCCGGGAUUCCCGCAGCUUUAAUUUUUCCUUUUUGUACGUGGAGCGAUUGCUUUUUACCAUCUUUAAGUAGUUCUCCAUAUCCACCCAAAGCAAGCAUUCUCCCAAAAGAAAAGCAUAACAACUUACACAAUGGUUCAAAAACUUUACGUCACGUACAAUGAUGUACACAAGCUCUGCCAGGAGUCGGCUCCCCAGAUCCUCUCCGACUUCCAGCCUCAGCUGAUGAUCGCCAUCGGCGGCGGCGGCUACGUUCCCGCGCGGAUCCUGCGUUCCUUCCUCAAGAAACCCGGCAACCCCAACAUCCCCAUCCAGGCCAUCGGCCUGUCGCUAUACGAGCAGCUGUCGAGCGACUCGGUUGAGGAGGCGCCGGGCACAAAAGUCACGCGCACGCAGUGGCUCGACCUCAGCAGCCUCGGCGAGAUGAGCAACCUGCUCGGCAAGCGCAUCCUCAUCGUCGACGAGGUCGAUGACACGCGCACCACGCUCGAGUACGCCGUCAAGGAGCUCGAGAAGGACGUCGAGGCCGCCAGGGUCAAGGCCGGCUACGAGGGACCCAAGACCGAGUUUCAGAUCUUUGUAUUGCAUAACAAGAACAAGAACAAGAAGGGCACCCUGCCCCACGAGAUGUUGGAGAACGGAAAGUACAUGGCCGCGAGGACCGUCGAGGACGUGUGGAUCUGCUAUCCGUGGGAGGCCGCCGACAUUAAUGAGCACGACAGGCUAGCAAGCCUGCAGACGAAGGAGUAAAUAUUACUGCUUUGGUAUAUAUCACGAGAUAUUUACGAACGCAAUGCAAACUAAGGCGACAAAAUAGCAAGUGGUUCGAGUGACACCAUUUCGACGUAGCCUGGGAACUGCCGGCCAAACGGGAAGUAAUAAUUGCUUCAGCCUUGCAAAAGGAGGCUGUCUCCGGCUUUGCAGCGCUUGGUGGCGGCUUUUUAUCUUUUGCAGCACCAGAAUCAUACUUGUGCUAGCAUGUUCUCCUGUUAGCCUGCGAGUGGCACUUGCAGAAAGGGUUCCAUGUUGGUAUUUGGCUCGAAGUCGGAACAAGAUAGGGUCAUCAAGGCCAGUAUAUACACGAUGAAUUAGGUUCAGCCACCAGUUGUGCCCUCACGCUUGUGCUUCUCCUUUAGCUUUUUCUCCUGCUUCAUAAAUUCCCUGAUACCUACUGGAAUAUCCCGAUAGAGAUCAUCGCUCCAUAAAUCCUUGGAAAUCUUGACACCGUCUGGCUUUGCCUCUCCAACAUUCCAAUUAGUCUCGGAACCGCCACCAUCAUCAUCCAUACUGACGACGGUAGCCUGACUGGGACUGGGAGAGGGCUUCUUCGCGGGGGCUUUGCUGGGAGCGGGGGAGCUUGAAGCAGAGGCAGCAGCAGCCAGCCGCCUCUCUGCCUCGGCGUUGGCAGUCACCCACUCCUCCAUUUCCUCACGGAAAGCGUCCCAGACGCAAUUGACGCAGCCGCUCAUGCAGCAGUGGUCCGGCUCCUCGGGCUUGGGCGGCACCAGGACGCCGGCCACCAUCUUGCCCUUCUCGCGCAUCUGCCUCAGGCGCUCGGCACGCGCGGCAGGGCCGGCGAGCGCCGAGCCAAAC